AGCUCCCGCUGAUAAAAAGGCAGAAACCAGUUUUGCCGAAACUUCUUUUUUUUAAGAUUCCUCUGUGCGGGCGACCCGCGUCGUCGCGCCCAUUUAAUUCGAGCGAUUUGCGAGGCUAUCAUUUUCGCAUCGACCCUCUUAGAUGUGUAAUUAAGGAGUCCGACGUCGAAAAGUUUCCCUCUCUUUCUUCGGCUACCUGGAGGAAGCGACGAGAAUAAAUCGUUUGUUAGUGGUAAAAGACGGCGACGACAAGUACAACACGUCCGCGGCCGGGUCAGUAUGGCUCGAACUGUGCUGGUGUGCACCGUGGUGCUGCUGACGGUCGCGUCUUCGGCGGAGAGACGAGUACAGUUUAAUUUGAGCAGUCACUGGGAUAGAGGUCCGCCCGUGCAGAAUGCAAAUGUGUUUAUGAUAGGCAAGGGUGAUAACAGUACCUUCGCCUUGGAGCGCCGUUUGCAGAUGAGCACCGAGUUCUUUUUGGUACCGAGCACCACGACUACCACCACCACCACGACGCCGGGCCCAGUCCAGAAAAUAGGGUGCACGGAUUGUCCCGAUGAAAGUGUGCGAAUUUACGGGUUGUUUCGCAGUGAGGUUUGGGUCAUACCAGUUUUGGCGCUAUCCACCUUGACGAUGCUGCUCAUCGCGGGAUUUGAAGUGUUCGUGCUAUGCAAAGCGUGCCAAACGAUACCAAGCAGGAGGCACCUUUUUCUCGGGCAGAUGCUGCUCUUGGGCCUAUUUUCCGGCGCCGGUCUUGGGGGAGUAAUCGCACUGACCCCUACACAAGCCACUUGUGCAAUCGUUCGGUUUGGUACCGGCGUUUCGUACGCACUUGUAUUUGCCUCCCUUCUGGUGAAGUGCGUCUUUUUAAUCAGCCUAAAUAGUGGAGUCUACCUACCGGCGCCGUACCAAGGGCUUCUCCUACUUUUCGCAGUUUUAAUUCAGGUUGCCAUUGGAGCGCAAUGGUUGUUAACAAACCCGCCGCUAGUCGACAACAUUGCCUUGGAGAAUGUCUCCCAGAGCAAGCACCAGCUCUUGGUCACAGCCGAAGACAUAAACAAUGCCGUGACUGUGCCGUUGUGCCGAACGUCGUUCGCGGACAUGCUUUUCUCCCUUAUAUACAUUGUGUUCCUCCUAGUGUUUGUGUCAGUUUUGGCGUUCAAAUCCCGUAGCAUUAGAGACAAUUACAGGGAGGCUACCUACAUAGCCGUAUCGAUAGGUUGCAGCAUCCCAACGUGGCUCAUUUGGGUGCUGAGCGGAUUUAUUGUAAGUGAUAGACAUAAGGACGCCUGUGUUGCCUUUGGACUAAUUAUAUCGACGGCCAUGAUAUUCCUCAUCAUGUUCAUGCCGAAAGGUCGCCAGCUGGCGGCGAUGGGUAAGGAGGGUCUGUACAUAGAGGAUCGCGAGGACAGAUUUAGUUCACUCAGCCGACAAGGAUCGGGAUAUUCCCCUUCGUUUUUCCAUUUCAAACCAGUGAAGUACGCGGCCGAAACGACGAAACGUCCAACGGUUGCGACGCUGAGUGGAGCAGAUCAUACUCUAUAUCCAGCUCCACCGAGUUACAAUAGAAUUUUUCAAUGCUAUCCGCCAAGGUACUAUCAAACGCGAUUUAUGCCAGGGAGCAUCUUCGUGCGGCCGGAGGAGGGAAACGUUUACACAACGUUGGAGCCAACUUUGAGUACGAAUCCCAACGUCUACUUCCAGUGCGGGAAUGGCGUCCAUCCGGGGAUGAUGUACUGAUGACAGGAGCGGAGCGUGCGAUUAGUUUUAACUUGUUGCUUUCUAAUUGUAAAGUAAUGUGUAAUAAAAU